AUGUACCGUGAGACCAUCUCCUGGCGCCGGAGCUUCAAUCUGAAACAGGUGAUGUCGGACUACGGCACCGGAGAGGACUACUCCGUGAACGGCACGCGCUUAUCCCUGGGUCCCUGGCGCUGGAGAUGGCAGCCUUCGUCCGAUGCGGCGCGGCACGUAGCGCCCUACAUCUUCUUUGGGCGGCUGUCCCAAGCAGCCCCGGAUGGCAGCCCGGUGCUGGUGUGGCGAGCGGGGCAAGCGGACUACAGUGGAUUCGUGCGAGAGGAACUGGUCUCCGAGAUGAUUCGCGGUUUCGUGGCACACUUCGAAGACGCGUUGCAGAGCUGCCGCAGCGCCACACGCGAAAGGAAGCGCUUGGUGCGGGCGCGGGUGGUGGUGGAUGCUAGUAACUUUGACCUCGAAAAUCUGAGAUACCUGCAGGUUCUGCGACACAUCAUGCGUCUCGUGCAAGAGCACUUCCCGGAAGUGUCGGCGACCGUGACGGUGGUGCGGGCGCACUGGAGCGUGGUAGCACUCUACGAGAUCUUAAAGCCCUGGCUCACGGAACAUGUGCAACAGAAGGUCGCCUUCCUGGCCGAUGAUUUUCAGGAGGGCUUGCGCGCACACUCCGGGCUCGAGCUCUCGAUGUUGCCCCAGUUUUUAGGUGGUCUGGUGCCAGAUGAAGAAGCUGGUGAGGCUCGCAUGGCGGCGGUGCGCUGGCGCACUGACAGCAUUAGCUCGGACAUCAGCUGGGACGCCACCCGGGCCGCAGUGGCCAAUCGGAGCACUGCGCAGCGCUUCGCCAAAGGGUCCCGGCUCACGGUGCGGCAGGAGGAUUGCCGCCGCCUUUGCUCCAUCGCAGACGGCUCGGUGGAUGCCCUGGUGGCGGAUGUGCCCUUUGGCAACCGCAACCGGAUGGUGUGGGUGAACGGGCUCCUCCCGGACUUCGUGGCGGAGAUGGCGCGGGUCCUCCGUGCGCCCGGCCGCGCGGUGCUGCUGCUGACGCGGCAACACGCACGGCAGGUGCAGCAGCUCGGCGAAGAGACGAAGGAAUAUGCGCCUGCCUUUUGCAAAAGCAUGGCAACUGCACUCAUCAGAGCCAUUGAUGCAUGCCCAGUAAACGAUCAGAUGCCGGUGUUGUGCGAAAAGGGCCACCACAAGGUGACGGUGGGCGGCUGGCCGGCGGCGGUCUUGGUCUUCGAACGCUUGGACGGUGACGGUCGGACCACGGUGAGGUCCGCCCCCGCGCUGGCGAUGGGAAAUUCCGCCACGGCAUCGCGGGAGCCAAAGGAUUGUGUGCUGAUCCAUCACGGAGAAGAGGCAGAUGUGCCGCUGACGGAUUUCCUGCUGCAGCGCUGGCCGUCGUUCUUCAGCACGUCCUCCGUGGCGCGGCGGACGGUGGCGCGCGGCCGCGUGUGGAUGGCGGAGGAUGUGGUGCAGUCAGGUGCGCCAGGUGCCGAGCUGGGUCCUCUGCGGCAAGCGUGGUGGAGUGACCUGGACGUGGACUGGGUGGACUGGGGUGAGUCCAUCAAAGGAAAGACCAUUCUCUUCGUGCCUGACUAUCCACGACGUUCACCCCACGAGACCAAGCUGGUGGUCCUGUGGGAAGACGACCAUCUGGCGGUGGUGGUAAAGGAGCCUGGACUGCGCCUGUUUGGUGGCAUACGGACCUUAGCCAACAUGCUGGCGGCCAAAGAAGAGGGCGCAUCAUUGCAUCCUUCCAAAGAGGAGGACGCCUUGCCAGCUCCCGUGCCGUUGCAUUUUCUGGAAGCCGAGAUCGGUGGUUGUGUCCUUGUUGCGAAGACAGCGCGCGCGGCGCUGCAGGGGUUGUCCAGCCCAUCGCGAUGCUUUCAGGGCCUUUUCGUGACUGGCGGGGUCCUUUGGGACGAAGCAAAGCUUUUGGCAGCAACGGGGUGGACACUACGUCGCAUGGAGCCAAGUGUUGCUCGGAUCUGA